AUGCUCUACCGACUCGUGUUCCGAGCUCGCACCUACGCGCGGGGCUCUUCCAAGACAAAGAACGCCUCAGCUGGAAUUGCUGCUCGGGAUCAAGUGGCAGUCCACGCUUUAUCCGGUAACAUUACGCGCAUCCAGUUCCCUCGCGUCCGCAAGGAUACCGGCGAGGCAUUCGAGUAUGAAGCCGGACAGUACGCGUUCCUUUGCAUCCCGUCCAUCUCAUCUCUCGAAUGGCAUCCGUUCACCAUCUCGUCGUCUCCGAAUGAAGCUAUGACUCUCCAUUCGAUAUUCUGCUGGAUGGACCUUACGGCAACGUGUCCAUCGAUGUUGCUACUUCUGGAGUAUACUCGAACUAUGUUCUGUUCUCUGGUGGCAUUGGUGUGA